UUUUAUUACAUAGAUCUUAAAAAUUUUCGUGAUUUCCUAAAUGAUAAGGUCCAACAUCUUGCUACUAUGUUAUAUAAUCACCAACAUCACGAACAUCAAAAGCCCAUUAUCGAUCCUGAUGAAUUUAUUUAAUUAAUAGAAACGCGUAAUCCUGAAUUAAUAGGAUUUUUUGAUUUAUUAUUUCAAUCUACUAAUCCAAAAAAAGUGCCUAAACACAAGAGCAACUUAAAAAAAAAGUAAUGCUCCUCUGUCAUUGUAUUACAUCACUUCGGAAUAAACAAAUAACUGUAGCAAAAAGUGCUAUUGAGUUGAAUCUAGCUAAUGCAGAAGCGUCUGUAACUGGAAUCAAUAUGUUAUCUAGUAUGGGAUUAAGUGUAAUGUAUCAGAUAGUUUGCAAUAAUUUACAAAAAAUUGAAACUGAACAUAAAAGAUCAUGUCAGCAAUUAUUUGUUUUAAACAUUGAUGAUUAUCAUGAUUUACAUGAAUCAUGUCAACCAAAUGCAAUUUCGUUAUCAAGAAUUGCACAUAUGGCCACACUUUUGAUUAACACAUCAUCAAAUAUCGCACCAAUUUCAUUUUUUUCAAUUAACAAUUACAGUGUUCACAAUCCUAAUGAGGUGUUUGGCAAGAAGCGUAAUUUGGCAGCAAAGCCAAAACCAUGGAAGAUUAAUUUACUUCUUUACCUGGCAAACACAGAAUGGAAUUUGGUUAAAGAUCUUAUUUUUCUACGAUUUACUCAAUCAAAAAAUGUUGGAUAUCGAACCUUUAUUGAUUUGUUAGAUAACCUAAUACCUUCAACCUUAGAUGUAUACUCCAAUUUAUUUCGUGGAAAUCAUUUUGAGGAAUAUCUUGAAACAAUUUUUCGACUUUGGACAGUAAUGCUAAGAUCUCAGCCAUUUAUUUCAGAUAUUCAAUAUUGGCGUAAUUAUCAACAUCCUAUAAUCAAUUUACUUAAAACUGAAUUACGAAUUCUUGAUGAAUAUCCCGUUGAAAACUUCCACAGUCUUAAGUUAUGGAUUAACAAAGAAAAAUGGAGUGUUAAAAUUGAGGGUAAAAAAAUUAAAAAGGAAAUAUAUUUUUUUUCACCACUUACUAAAGGUUUUUCCAAAGGAGCUUUACCUUCUGGAUAUCAUACUUCACAUCCACCUAACCAAGAUAUCUUCUCUUGUGGACACGCAUAUCACGACCAGUGUUUUAUAAAUAUGGGGUUAAAAUGCAUUUAUUAUCUUGAAUAUUUUUAUUCUGAAAUUGAAAAACUUUCUAAAUCGUACAAUGAACGUUUAGAAAUGAAUAUAAAUCUUGAAGAAUUUGAAGAACCAACGCAAAAAAAUGAAGAGGAUGAAUUAUCAGAUGAUACUGAUGAGUUUCAAAACAAUAAUACAAUUGAUGAAGGACUUACAAAAGCAAUAUUAGAAUUUAGCAAAAAAACCUCAAAAAUACAAACGCAUCCGGUAUUUCAAGAUAUAACUAAUAUAAUUAUCUAA